AUGGUCUGCCCAUACACUGGAUUUUAUGCCCAUGAAAAGGAAUGGCAUUCUGCCACGUGCUACAUUAGUAAGCUGGAGAGGCCCAGCUCCAUGAAGGAGGAGGUUGGCCAGGCCUGGGGAGGCACAGCGCCCGCGCGGCUCACCGCGCAUCUCCUUCCCUCCUUGGUGCCCGCUUCCCGCGCUUCCUCUCGCCGGGCCGCAGGGGACAGCUUCGUGGUGUCUGCGUACGCGAGUGGCCGCAAAGGCACGGUGGAGGCAGAGCGGCGCGGCGGCGUGGAGCACCGCGCGCGGGACAAGCAGGAGCUUCUCAGUGGGGACCCCAAGGAGGGACCUUUCCGGGAAGACCAGUGUCCUCUAGAGGUGGCACUCCCCCCAGAGAAGGCUGAGGGUCGAGAAGGUACUGGACAGCUCUUCAGUGCGGAUGAUGUUGAAAGAGCUGCAAACCGUGAGGGCCCACGAGGCCUGAGCAAGAAGCGCCUGAACAUCGACGCACUCCAAUGCGAUGUCUCGGUGGAGGAGGACAACCGCCAGGAGUGGACCUUCACCCUCUAUGGCUUCGACAACAGUGGGAAGGCCACCAGGGAGGACAUGUCCAGCCUGAUGCACACCAUCUACGAGGUCGUCGACGCCUCAGUCAACCACUCCUCUGGUAGCAGUAAGACCCUCCGUGUGAAGCUGACUGUCAGCCCCGAGCCCUCCAGCAAAAGGAGGGAGGGUCUCCCCACCAGCCAGGACCGAGAACCCACUCGCUGCCGGACAGAGGGUGAGAUCUCCGAGGACCCCAGGGUGGCCGACAGGAGGCUAUCUGCUCACAUCAGGAGGCCCAAUGCUGACCCCCACCCCUGCCCUGUGAGGGGGCUGUACUGCGUGGAUGAGAACACUGAGCGGAGGAACCACUACCUGGACCUGGCCGGAAUAGAGAACUACACAUCUAAAUUUGGACCUGGGUCCCCGCCAGCACAGGCCAAGCAGGAACACCAGGGCAAGGCCUCGCACCCCCCGAGCAGGUCUCGCUCCCAGGAGUCAGAUGCACACACUGUGUACAACCGCAGGUCCCAGGUGCUGGCUGACCACGUCCUGCUGGCCGGCGAGCCCACUGCCCGAGCCCUGGAUGUGCAGCCCCGGCUGAAGGGGCAGGAAAAGCAGUUCCUCAAGUCUCCCAAGGGCUCUGGCAGGGCGCCCGGGGUGCCCAGUGGGGGCGUGCCCAUUGGGGGCAAGCUCGGGAGGGUCUUCAGCUACCACCCGCCAGCUCCCUUGCCCCAGGCCCCCCAGGACGGCCACCACCUCCCACAGCCCCCGCCGCAGCCCCCGCCUCAGCCCUACGGCCACAAGCGGUACCGGCAGAAGGGCAGGGAGGGCCAUUCACCACUCAAGGCCACGCUGGGCCAGCCUGCGGUAAUGGAGCAUGAGGUGGUGCGGGACCUGCCGCCCAUGCUGGUGGGGGAGGGCUACUCAGUGCCCGUGGUCCAGCGCCACGAGCACCACCACCACCACGAACACCACCACCACCACCACUACCACCACCACCACCCGUCCUAGCGUGCACGUCCCGACCCAGCUGCCCCUGCCGGCCGGGAGCCUGGCUCCAGGUCUUCGGUGUGGGCAGCUGCAGUGGCACCAGGUGGACACUCGUGGAGAAGGCCCUUCGCUCUUCCUCCGCUCUCCUUUCCUCCGCACUCUUGAUGGAUGUCAUGUUGAGAUGCACAUGUUUGAUGCCACUGACUUUUCCCAGUUAUGAAGUGAUUCUGUGUAACCCAUAAAAGCAUAUGUAAGCAUAGAAAAGUACCAUUGUAUCUUUCAUUUAUGACCCCAAAAUGAGCCUCGUGGCGUAGAAGGGACGCUACUCAGAUGACUUUUGCAUUUUUCUCAUGGUGCCUCAAGCUUUGGGUGCCUUGGACUGAGACGUGCAGGUGGCGAGGCCUUGGUGUUACGUAGCCGAGUGAACGUACAGCGUUGCAGCUCUCACGUAAUUGUUCAUUCUGAAGCCCAAGGUGGCGUUCAUUCUGAAGGUGGUGUUGGGGAGCGGCUGUUCCUCGGUGCGCUACGUGUGCAAUGGUGAGUUCUGCUCCACACCGAGCGCGAUCAUAACAGAAGGGCAGCCACGGAGGCAUGAGGUGUGCCUCAAACAGUGGUCGAAAAAUUCGAGAGGUGAUACAAUUAGAGCAGAAAAGGGCACAGGUGGGGUGGGUCUGGCACCAGCAUCUUAAAUGGACACAGACAUGGAGAGCAGGGCCAGGGCAGGUGGUAGGUUCACCCGAAACACAUACAGUUCGCAGGACAGGUGGCAGGACGCUUGUUCUCUGGGCUCACAUAAGCCAUCAUAGUGCUCGCUCACAGCUUCUGUGAUGCCCACCUGUGGAAAACUAUGAUGAUCCCUCUGGAAGGGUCAGGAAAAGGGGUAGUGAUGGUGUCUGGGGGUCAUGGGACCUUGGCUGGCAGCAUCCCCCUGUGGCAGAACCCUGCUGCUCCUUCCAUCCGACAUGAGCAAGUGGACUUCCUGGCAACUUGAGGGUUUGUGCAGGUGAUUUUGCAUUCACCUUCUUGGAACUGUUUUUAAGAAUCAGCAAACUGGUGAUUGACUUGUAACUGAGUUUUCCAUCCCCUGGCAUAAUAAAAAUACGUGCAUUUUGUAAUAA